AUAUUUUUGUAAAUCACGUUAGUAACUAAACAUAAUCGAAUAUAAUCUCUCUAUUUAUAAUGAUGAAUCAUUUUAAAUUAUUACUAUUAUUAAUAUUUUACAAUACAUUUCCAUUCAUUUUGAAGGUAAAUUCAAAAGUUUAACUUGUCAGGUAGAUAAAUAAAAACAAACAAACGAAAGAAACGUUUUCCCAAGGAAUGAAAUAAAUAAAAGAGAAUACUUUCAGUAAUAAUAAUAAUAAACGUGAUGCCUUGAUGUUUUGGCAACUAUACUCAGAAAACAAUUUAAAUUAACCAGACAAAAAAUAUUUUCACAAUGAACAUUAAUGAAGCAGACUCAAAUUAUCAAUUAUUUUAUGGUUUCAAUGAUCCAGAAGGACAAAAUAUAGCACUAUCCGCUACUAGUAUGAUUAAACCAAUUCCAAAUGAGAAAGAAUUGUUUCUUUUUGAUAAAACAUCACGUACAACUGGAUAUGGUGGAUUAGUCUCUGCGAGACAAUUACAUUUUAUCUGUGGACCUUAUCCAGAGUCAAUAAUUGAUGAAAAUGUAAUAUUUGAUAAGAUUAUACAAACGAUUAUUUUGCCCAUCUUAUUAAUUUUGUUGAUUUUAUUCAACAGUUUAUCACUUGCUGUUUUAACUAGACCUACUAUGAAAACACCUGUGUUUACCGUAUUACUAAGUAUUACAAUGGUAGAAAUGUCCAAUGGAUUAUUACCUUUACCAAUGUAUUUACUCAGAGCAUUUUAUAGUGAUCCUGUUUGGUGGGAGUAUAAAAAAUAUGCAUCAUAUAAUUUAACACAAAUUUCAAAAUGGUGGAAAUAUGCUCCAUUAGAAAUUUAUCAAACAAGUUCAAAUCCUACAGCAAGUAGUAUACUUGCAUGGACUACAGUAUUUUUACCAACUGUUUGUCAUACAACAGCUACAUGGUUAACAUUAUUUGUUGCAUUACAACGACUUAUUUAUAUUACAUAUCCUAAUAAAGCUACAAAAUUAUUUUCUAUACUUAUAGUACGUUUAGUUUGUAUUAGUGUAUUAUUAUGUGCAUUAAUUUUACAUAUUCCAAUGUUUCAAUCAAAUUUUGUCAGAUUUCAACCAUUUCUUCUACAUCAAAAUGUUACUUUUAGAAAUUAUUCAAUUGAUUUUAAACAAUUAUUAUUAUAUGAAGCAUUAGAUUAUUUACCAUAUGUUGUCAUGAAAUGUCAUACAUGUUUACCUAUUCAUAUGUUUUUAUAUUUUUUAACUCGUGUUAUACUUGUACAUUUAUUACCAUGUAUAUUAUUAAUUAUAUUAACUAUUAUAAUCAUUAUGAGAAUGAGACAAAUCAAUCGAAAGCAUUUAUGGCUUACACGUGGUAAAUUAUUAUUACAAUAUACUAAAACAUUAUCUACAUAUAAACAAACAAAAUCUUAUUCAUUACCUAUUAGUUCUUAUAAACAUAGUUUAUCACAAGAAACAACGAAUAUUACAAAACAAGAUCAAAUCAUUGAUCAUAAAGUUGAAAAUAAAUGGAAUUGUUUCACAUGUUUGAUAAAUAACAAAACAGAUACACUCUAUAGUAAUAAUCAAGAGUUUCAUAAUAUUCAAUCUAAAAAUUCUACAUUAUCAGUAUUAUUUAAUGGUAAUAUUAAUAAUGAUGAAACAAUUCAAGAGAAUGAUACUUUUAUAAAUUUAAUAAAACGUAAAUCACAAGUAACUGAAUUUUUUAAUAUUUCUAAUAUGUUAAUAGUAAUAUUAAUCAAAUUUAUUUUAAUUCAUUUACCUAAUGCAUUAGUGAUAUUUGUAUAUACAUUAACAUUAAUACAAAAUAGAAUAUAUGAAUUGACUACUAAUUAUAAUGAUAUUAUAAGUAGUUCUACAAGUAAUAUCAAAGAAACUAUAACAAUUUUCAAAAAUACAAAUCAAUCAAUAUUAUUACCUUAUACAGUAAUGAAAUAUGUGAAUCAAUUACAUAAUACAAAUACAAUGAUCCAUAUUGAUGAAACAUUUACAAAUGUAUUAUGGAUAAGGAUUGUAAUCAUUUGUAAUCUUUUAAUAUUGUGCUCAUAUUUAUUGAAUUUUUUAAUAUUUUGGACAAUGUCAACACCAUUUCGAACACAAUUUAUGAAUUUAUUCCGAUGUAAAUCAUUGAGAAAUGUCAAUGUUAAUGCUUAAACGAAAUUGAUCAUUAUGGCUUUGUUGAUGCUUGUAUUCAUAUCUAUAUAUGGUAAUAUCAAAAUUCUGUUGUAAAAAAGUGUUAGUUUAUAUAACAAGUGAAUAGUGUACAAAAAAAAUUAUUUCAAUCAUCUAAGUAAACAUCCUGUGUAAAUAUGUUGAUUUAUCGCUUUAAUGUAGAUGAUCUUUUUUUUCUUUCAGUUAUCAUACUUUAUAUUAAAGAAUUCAAUUAAUCAAGUCACUAUUGAUUCA